AUGGCGACAGACUGGGAUACCCUCAGCAACCUACUCUCUGUCAGCGGGUUUCCAAUCUGGCUGAGGGCGAUUCUCGCCUUGGCCAUCUUCGCUGUGCUCUUUUCACUUCUCCGUGCCGGGCUUUCACCUUUGCGGGCCAUACCUGGCCCAUUCUUGACUCGUUUCACGGAUCUUUGGUACCUCUCGCGACUUUACCGAGGCCAAUUUGAGCAAGAAAACCUCGAGCUACAUGAGCGAUAUGGUCCUAUCGUUCGUCUUGGACCCAACCGCUACUCCUUCUCUCACCCCGACGCCUUGAAGGCCAUCUACGGACCAAGCGCCGCACACCUAUUCCCCAAGUCCCCUUCUUAUCGCCCAGCCGCGCCUCCAGACCCUGAGAAAUGGACCCUCUUCGCUGAUGAAGAUAUUCAACGCCACGCAAGGCACCGUCGACUCUACCAGAGCACCUACUCCAUGUCCUCACUUGUCACCUACGAAGCCUAUGUUGAUGAAUGCGCCGACCUCUUCUCACUUCGACUCUCUGAACUUGCAGAUGCUGGCGUUCAAGCUGACAUGGGCUAUUGGUUCCAGUGUUUUGCCUUUGAUGUCAUCGGUCUCAUCACUUACUCAAAGCGUCUUGGCUUCUUGGACCGAGGCGAGGAUGUAGGAAGCAUCAUCAAGACCAUCGACAGCGAGAUGGUGUAUUUUGUCGUCGUUGGAGUCUACAGCUUCCUUCACAAGUUAGCUUUUCCCAUUCGAAACUGGCUAGCUGGGAAGAAAGGCACUGGCCGUACGUACUUGAUGAACUUUACCAAAGAGAGGGUCAUUGAGCAUCAAGCGCGACCGCAUGUUGUCACUGCUGAAGAUGCUGAAGCAAAGAAAGUUCCCUUGGAUUUUCUUUCUAAGUUCUUUGGUAAGCAUGUGGAGGACCCGGCCAAGUUCACCAUGUAUCACGUCCUCGCGGGAUGUGCAUCCAACAUCGUUGCUGGUUCAGAUACGACGGCCACUAGCCUUUCAGGUAUCUUAUAUCACUUGCUGAAGAACCCUCAGGCGGUCCAACGGCUUCGACAAGAGACCGAGGAAAUUGGACCCGAAGAUUCUGGAAAUCGAACCAUUUCCUGGACUCAAAGUCAGCAAAUGCCAUAUCUCCAGGCCGUGAUAAAGGAGGCCUUGAGAUUGCACACAGCCGUGGCAUUGCCCAUGGAAAGAGUGGUGCCCCAAGGAGGUGCAGAGAUUUGUGGUCAUUACUUCCCAGGAGGUACAUGUGUCGGAAUCAACAACUGGGUCUAUCACCGUAACAAAGCAAUCUUUGGAGAAGACGCGGACGAGUUCAAUCCUGAGCGUUGGCUCACGAGCGACUCUGAACAUCUAAGUGUCAUGAACAAGAACUUGAUAUCAUUUGGAGCUGGAGCUCGAACUUGCAUUGGGCGUCACAUUGCAGCACUUCAGAUGUCCAAGCUAGUUCCACUGCUAGUGAGGGACUUUGAUCUCACGCUUUGUGAUGACAUCUCCGGGCCUGGACAUCACUGGACUACCAAGAACUACUUCUUUCUCAAGCCAACCAACUUUCGAGUUUCGGUAAGAGCCAAGGCAUGA